CUUCGGGAAAACGCCGAAGCGGUCGAGCGGGCUUUUCUGACGCCCACCGCGAUCGACCGUCGAGAGUGCGAAUCGGUCGAUCUCCUCCGUACGAUCUAGGUUCCGACGGUCGUGAUGGAAUCAGAUCUUCAACGCACGAAACUCGACGCCGCUCUAGGCUCUUCGACCCGAGAUGGUUCUAGAGAACGGACGAGACGACACCGCCGCUCUUCGUGUAUCUAAUCCCCCUCCUCACGGUGGCGGAAGACCUAGAGAGGAGAAGGUCUCGAUCGAGAGAGCUCGCUUCGUGUUGGAUCUAACAAAAGCUUGGCUCCGUUGAGAUCUCAUUUCCUUUGGCGCCCGGGAUACGAGGUAAUUGUAGAGAAGAUGAGUGUUGUUGGAUUCGACGUCGGAAAUGAGAGCUGCAUUGUAGCUGUUGCCCGUCAACGCGGCAUCGAUGUGGUGCUCAAUGAUGAGUCGAAGCGCGAGACCCCGGCGGUGGUAUGCUUUGGCGAGAAGCAGCGGUUCAUCGGCACUGCCGGAGCGGCGUCCUCCGUGAUGAACCCUAAGAACACGGUGUCGCAGAUUAAACGCCUUGUUGGCCGGAAAUUUUCUGAUCCCGAGCUCCAGAGGGAUAUCCAAUCGCUUCCGUUUAAGGUAACGGAAGGGCGGGAUGGGUUCCCGCUGAUCCAUGCCAACUACCUUGGCGAGCUGAGGGCCUUCACUCCGACGCAGAUUCUUGCGAUGGUCCUCUCCAAUCUGAAGAGUAUUGCCGAGACAAAUCUGCAUGCGGCGGUUGUGGAUUGUUGCAUAGGGAUUCCGGUUUACUUUACUGAUCUCCAGCGGAGGGCAGUGCUGGAUGCUGCUACUAUUGCUGGAUUGCACCCUCUCCGACUGCUCCAUGAGACCACUGCAACUGCAUUGGCUUAUGGUAUCUAUAAGACAGAUUUGCCAGAGAGUGAUCAGCUUAAUGUGGCUUUUGUUGAUGUGGGUCAUGCAAGCAUGCAGGUCUGCAUAGCUGGAUUCAAGAAGGGGAAGCUGAAGAUUUUGGCACAUUCUUAUGACCGAUCACUUGGAGGGAGAGACUUUGAUGAAGUGCUAUUCAAGCACUUCGCUGCCAAAUUUAAGGAUGAAUACAAGAUAGAUGUGUAUCAGAAUGCCCGUGCUUGCCUCAGGCUCCGGGCAGCAUGUGAAAAGCUGAAGAAGGUUCUUAGUGCGAACCCAGAAGCACCACUGAACAUCGAGUGUUUGAUGGAGGAGAAGGAUGUGAGGGGGUUUAUUAAGAGGGAAGAAUUUGAGCACAUCAGUGCCCCCAUAUUGGAGCGCGUUAAGGGACCAUUGGAGAAGGCACUUGCAGAAGCUGGCCUGAGUGUAGAGAACAUACACUCGGUUGAGGUUGUUGGAUCAGGCUCUCGGGUUCCUGCUAUUAUUAGGAUAUUAACAGAGUUUUUUGGGAAAGAGCCUAGACGGACCAUGAACGCAAGUGAGUGUGUUGCUCGGGGCUGCGCUCUACAAUGUGCUAUUCUUAGUCCUACGUUUAAAGUGCGGGAAUUUCAGGUUCAUGAGAGUUUCCCCUUUUCAAUAGCGCUGUCAUGGAAAGGAUCUGCCCCUGAUUCUCAGACUGUUGGAUCAGAAAACCAGCAGAGUUCAGUUGUUUUUCCAAAAGGGAAUCCAAUCCCAAGUGUCAAAGCUCUUGCAUUUUAUAGAUCUAGAACUUUCACAGUUGAUGUUGUGUAUGCUGAUGUGGGUGAUUUGCAAGUUCCAGCGGAAAUUUGCACAUACACGAUUGGUCCUUUCCAAACCAGCAAAGGUGAGCGUGCUAAGUUGAAAGUAAAAGUUCGGUUGAAUCUCCAUGGAAUUGUUUCUAUUGAGUCGGCCACUAUGUUGGAAGAAGAGGAAGUUGAAGUUGCAGUAUCCGACACGGCAGAGGUGACAAAGGAGUCUAUGGACAUGGAUGAAGCAACAAAAUUUUCCUCUAAAACUGAAAAUGAUGAAAAUUGUUCCUCCAAAACUGAAAAUGAUGUAGACAUGCAGGAAGCUGAAGGAACCACUGACAAUUCUAGUGCUGGGUUCGAGAAUGGAGCACCAAAGGCCAGGGAAAAGCCUGUUCAGAUGGAUACAGAUUCCAAGGUUGAAGUUUCGAAAAAGAAGGUCAAGAAAACCAAUGUGCCUGUGACCGAGUUGGUUUAUGGUGGGAUGUUGGCUGAAGAAUUGCAAAGAGCAGUCGAGAAAGAGUUUGAAAUGGCCCUCCAAGACAGGGUGAUGGAAGAAACGAAGGACAAGAAAAAUGCCGUGGAGGCAUAUGUGUACGAUAUGCGUAACAAGUUGUAUGACAAAUAUCAGGAUUUUGUUACACCAACAGAGAAGGAAGCGCUUAUCAUGAAGCUUCAGGAGGUUGAGGAUUGGUUGUAUGAAGAUGGAGAGGAUGAAACAAAGGGUGUUUAUGUUGCUAAGCUUGAGGAGCUCAAAAAGACGGGUGAUCCGGUCGAAGAGCGUUACAAGGAAUGGACAGAGAGAGGUCCUGCCGUUGAUCAACUGGCUUAUUGUAUUAAUAGUUUCAGAGAAGUGGCUUUGUCCAAUGAUCCCAAAUUUGAUCACAUAGAUUUAGCUGAAAAGCAGAAGGUAAUUAAUGAAUGUGGAGAAGCAGAAGCAUGGUUAAGGGAGAAGAAACAGCAGCAGGAUGCUUUACCUAAAUAUGCCAAUCCGGUUCUUCUUUCUCCGGAUCUAAAGAGAAAAGCUGAGACACUAGACAGGUUUUGCAAGCCGAUAAUGACAAAGCCGAGGCCACCUCCACCCAAGCCACAGCCUUCUCCGACUGAGGCACCACCAGCUCAACCUCAGACCGCUGAGCAGCAGCAGGCUUCCGAUGGAAGCAGACCGACACCACCUGCAACAGCUUCCGAGCCGAUGGACACCGACAAAUCAGGGGGUGAACCUGCAGCGUGAAGGAUGAUCUCAGUUUCAAACCAUCCUCAGUUUGUUGGAGCAGCAUGAAAUGGUCAGUUGGGUACUCUUAAAUCUCAGUCUUGUGUUUUACUUAUUUGUAGCAAAUGUGGAUUGUCGUGAAAUCCAGCGAGAAAGGUGUCCUUUUGGGGUUUGGGGGGUCUUUAAUCCGGCAAAUUGGUUCCUCCUGUUGAAAUCUGCCAAUUUUACAGCUUCACCUGUUUUGGUUUAAUUUAUGGCAAUACAUCGGACAUCAUUCAUAUG